GAAAUCUCGCGAUGUUUGGCGAGACACCAACGCGUCGCUCUUGGACGUCAGAGUUAACUGUUUAGGUUUCAGUUCUCAUCUUUUGCCGGGCACCACAGCUUUGUAACACUUAUCUGUAUCGUGGAGCGACGAGGGAAUUAAAUUGCUGAAACAGUUGAGAUGCAGCCUGCAACAGCCAAGUGGUAUGACAGACGAGACUCUGUUUUUGUAGAGUUCUGCGUGGAGGACAGUAAAGAUGUGAAAGUAAAUUUCGACAAGUCUAAAUUUGUUUUUGGGUGUGUCAGUGGAACAGAUAAUAUCAAACAACAGAAUACGGUGGACCUCUUCGGGGAGAUUGACCCCAAAGACUCAAAAUACAGACGCACUGACAGGUCUGUAUUGUUAUGUUUACGAAAAGCAGAGGCUGGGAAAUCAUGGCCGCGACUUACUAAAGACAAGACAAAGAGCAACUGGCUGAGUGUGGACUUCAAUAAUUGGAAAGACUGGGAGGAUGACUCAGAGGAUGACUUGUCAAGUUUUGACAAAUUCUCAGAGAUGAUGAACACAAUUGGAAGGGAAGAUGUACCUGAUUUAGAUGGUGCAGGAGAAGAGCAUGACUCUGCAGACAGUGACGAUGAACAAAUGCCCGACCUUGAGUAAAUGAACAUGGCUGCCACAUCAGUAGCAAAUAAAGGAGAAGAGACCUCAUCUCCGCGCAGUUUCCAAAGCGAAACCCCUCAAGGGAGUGACAGGGAGUGACUGUUGAAUACAGACAUGCACAGAGAUCCAUAGCGACAUACAGUGCUGUGCUUUGCUGUUCUGUUCUGCAUGGACAAUUCUGUUGAAAUGAAAAUGUUCUUUUUCAUUGACUUAAUGACUGUAACGGGAUGUGCUGAUGUCUUACACCUUUCUCUGUCUCUCUGUUUUUUUUGCAAUGUCAGGUUAUGUAUUGAACAUUGUGAUUUCUAAUGAAGAAAAAAAAACUCAAAAUGCCUAUUUUCCAAAAAAGUUGAAUUUUUUAAUGAACAUUUCCCCCUUUUAAUGUUUGUAUUGUAAAAUGCACUUAUUUUGUUUGUUAAUUUAAAAACAGCAGUUCUGCUUGAAAUGGGUUUUCUAAUGUAUGCCAAUAUCUGCAAAUAUUUAACAAUGAUUUAAUUUUUUCAACAUAUUUCAACAUUUAAAAUAAACAGAUGCUUGUGCUUAUAAUUUACAGCUUGUGUGGAGAUUGUGCUAGAGUGGUACAAACUCAGCAUAUAAUUAUACCGUUGCAAAAGUGAGUUAGUUUCUCUAUGCCAGUGUACAAAACAUAGCAACACGUACAAGGAUUCAUUUGAGAUGAGGGCAGAUAUCUUAUGUAUUCUACCAAGAGUGUCCCAAAAAAUUGAAACAAUAGUUUCUAAUUGUUUGUUAAUCUGAUACACUAGAACUAUGCUUUGAAGGCUUGUGUGUUUAAUUCAACAACUGUUCAUCUUUUGAUGCUAUGGGAGUUUGGGUAUACAUUUUUAAUAAACUGUUUCAGACUGUUGAA